AUGUCUGCUGAAUCUAAACAACAAUCGAACGAUUCCCAGGCGAAAGACGCUCUUCAGCCCAAGGCUGCCAGCCCAAUGAGGUCUGUAGACAUAUUCAGGAAAUCACUCAAAGCAAACACUGACCAGUCCGCACUAGAUGAAGCUUUCGAAAGUACUGAUGAGGAAGAACCGACCGGUCAAAAAUGGUAUAAACGUGCUGGGACUAGUACAGUUCCUAUCACCGACCCCGUUAAUGCAACCAGACUUCAAGGGCUCUACGGCUAUGCUGCAUCCGUCUUAUCUGAGAGAUCCUCGAAAGCCGACCCAACCAGACUGGUCAAUAGAUUCUUGGACAGCUUAAGUCAAAGCGAGAACAAGGAAGACCUCGACGAUGAGACUUUGAAGAGGAUGAUCGAACUUGAUGUCGAGAGUAAAUAUAGCAAGAGUACUAGAGGAUAA